AUAAAAGUGAAUUGAACAUCAGGAUGUACUCACCAUACAUUUCCAAACAAUGGAGUUGAUCUUCGUGCUGACUGUGUGCGCUCUGUGGGGCCUGGGCUCCGGACAGCACGGGGAGUAUUGCCACGGCUGGACCGACACCUAUGGAAUCUGGCGGCCCGGUUUUCAGUGCCCGGAGAGAUACGACUUACCCGAGGCCACUUUGUGCUGUGGCUCCUGCGGCCUUAAAUACUGCUGCUCGACUGUGGAGUCCAGACUAGACCAGGGACUGUGCCCCAACGAGGAAGAUCUGGACAUGUUGAGAGACGGAGUGCCCUCUAUUGAACUGCCGCCCACAGUUCCCACCUACUUUCCCUUCCUCUUGGUGGGGAGUGUUUUUGUCAGCUUUGUUAUCCUCGGGUCGUUGGUGGGCCUGUGCUGCUGUAAAUGCCUGAAGCCUGAGGAUGAUACCCAAGCAAGCGGACCAGCCCCUAUACAGAGUCGACUACUGGACACAGAGCCGUCUACGGGCACCUCACGACACUCCAGUUCCAGCUCUGCUUCUGUGCCUCGGCCCCCCAUAGGCGCCCGCCCACAAAAUCUCUGUUCCCUGGGAGCGGAGAAUAUAAAUCUGUUUAUGAACAUGCCCCCAGCAUUUCCUAUGAUGGGAUGCCCCCAGAACACACAGUUUGUGCACCCUGGCACAGCUGGGCCAUCCUUCAUGCAGCCUCCCUAUAUUAAUUAUGCAGUACCAACAGAACAUGCCAUUAUAAUGGCUCCUGCUUCUUAUAUCGAUGCCAGGAACUGUUACGGGCAGACGUCAAACAUCUACUGUCCGGUACCCCAGCAAAGUGAUCAGACGGUGUGUACUGGAUCCCCUAAAUGUUAAGCACCUCCAGGCACCAUAGGAACUGCUAUUUAUUUUGCCUGUUGAAAAUACUGGAUAUAUUAUCCAGUUGUCUGCAAAAACCUUUUUUUUUUUCAAAAAAGGCUGAUAACCUUUACUGUACCUGUUGGCUGACGGCUUCACCACUAUGGCUGAUAUUACAAACCGGUUCUACCAGACUAGUAAAGUUGGAGCAGUGACGCUGUAACUGCCUGCAGCAGGGCAAUGCCAAAUUUUAAUUAUCCUUUUUAGGAACCCCAUGUUGUGUCACUGUGACCCUGUGUGUUAUCUGCUUUUGAGAGUGUCAUUCCUCCUCGUGCUGCAGUGCUUGGAUGAGAAACUAGUCCUGGAUUACCACAUUGCUGCUUUUGAAAAGGAUAUUACUGUUACAUAUUUAGUUACCAUGUGAUCCAUCCAUCUAUCUAUCUAUCUGAAAGAAGCAGCUUCUCCUUGCUAUGAUGCAUCCUGAAGCAUUUCUGUUCAGCAUAUAAACAGCCCUAGGGGAAACUGUUCCACAUGCUGCUCAGAAGUUAUCCGGAUAAAAUUCUUAUAAAUGUACUGUAUCCAUGAUGUCUGUUUUCAUGUAAAGGGCCUUGUUUUGGCAUUGCAGUGCAAUUAUGAUAAUAAUUCCUCUGUCCUACUAGAUUUUAUUUUACAUUAAGUAAUUUCGCCAGACACAAUCAGGGCAAAGUCUAACGGGGUUAUUUCUCCCCCCCCCCCAUACAUUAGUUUAGUGUGUUUAUGAUCAUGGUCCCUUUUGCGUGGAGGGCUUUACAAAGCAGGAAAAUCUUUGUACAGUAGCAGAUGCUUUGAAGUCUGACAUUCCUCCUCUGCUUGAGUCUAUCUCGAGUUGAAAGUGGGCAAAGUUGGUUAUGCUUCUAUGCACACUUUUGUCUGAUUUAGUACAGUGGCACAUCCACUGAGUUUACUGAUCUGAUUUACUAUACAUCUACACUACAGGUUGGCAGCUAAGCUACUUGGACCCAACACACACAAUGUGUGGCUUAGGAAGGCCUAGUUGGGCACUGUUUCACACAGAGCUUUAAAAUUUGUCCUGACUCUGUAUAGUUUGCUUUUAGAAUGGGAGCCAUAGCUUUCCUCCUUUUUUUUUUUUUUGUUAUGGGUAUGAUCAUUUUAAUGUAUUUUUUUUUACUGUUUUUAGGUAUUAAUAGGCUGUUUAUAAUGUACAUUUUUGUAAUUUGUGUAUACUGCAUUUGCUUCUGGAAAAGGAGCGUCCUGUUUUACUUUAACCAUGUUAAAUGCACUUUAUCUUCAAGAAAAAUUAAACCAGAUAAAUGGUU